AUGGUCAACCGCUACCGUCACAUCUCCCACUUGACCCACGAGGACAUCAACCUCCUUGUGCGGCUCCUUUGCCUACCGCCGACAGCCCGAAUUUAUACAGACGGUCUUCCUUCUGACCAAUGGCUUGCCCGUCAGUCCGAGAAGAUUUCCCAGUUGCCCAAACCUCUUCAGCGUCCCCAAAAUUGGCUGGCAAGACUGUCCAUCUACACCAACAAGAAGCUCAACCUGACCAUCGAGGAUCUCGUCCCGCAGUGUGCAGUGCUCUGUACCGCCCAUAAAGGUCUGAACCCGUGGGUAGUGCACAGGAUGUUCCUGUUGAUAUCGGAAGAGGUCACGCACCGUCUUGACCCGGUGAGAAGGUUCCUGGAGAACCCGACCAAGCAUGCCGUAAAGCUCAAGACGUCGCUGGGUGAGGUGCAGGACUACGUAGACCGGAUGAACAGCAUGCUGUCCCUCUGGACCGGCGCGGACGUCUUCUCCCGGAUCGUGGGCGACAACUAUCCGCCCGGGCUUGCGAUGCCGCGCAUCGAGAGUGACUGUGAGGCUUGUAUAUGCAGUUGCAUCGGCGCGUCAGGCCAGGCCCUGUGUGACUUGCGGGCUAUGAUGUACGGCCGGUCUCACAGGCGCCGCCCUCCAGUCCUUAUCCCUCUGGUUGAGGCAUGGAUGGACCGAUUUGGUGGUGAGAAUUCUGACAGGCUCUGGGCGGAGAGCACAAAGAUGGCGAGAGAUGUGCGUCACAUAAGGAAGAAGCUCCUGGGGCGUAAGAAUAGGCAUCGUCGCCAUCGCACCCCGUAUGAGAAGAGGAUGAAGGAGCGCGCCCGCCUGGAGCGUGGUCUUGACGAGCAGCGACUAUCGGCCAGCCAGGCCAGAUCUGCGAAAGGGGAGAUUGACAGAAAGUUGGAUGAGAUGUUUGGGAAAGAGUCGAGAAAGCCUGAUGGACGCCAAGGUAAGCAUGCAUCAUUGUCUGCCGCUGCGUCUUCUUACCACGCUUCAUCGGCUUCCACUGCCUCCUCUGCCACCAUUAGGCCCAAGAGCACUCAUAAUGACCACUCCCUGCCAGUUGGUGAUAACUCGAGCAUACAUCAGCAGGAUUCUCGCUCGAGAACCUCACGAGACGAUGCGGAUGACGAGGAGCAACUCGCCGACUACCAUGACGAAUUCGACGAGGCGGACGCGGACGCCGCUUACAAGCAGCAGGACCGCCUCCAGGGCUGGUACGACAACUUCACCGAGAUCGUCGGGCCCUCAGGAGCCACAGACGUCGGCAGCCAGCACCCAGCCUUCCGCCACAACGCCGCUGAGAUCGAAAAAACCUGGCUACAAAGCCAGAUGGCUAUGUCGGCUCUUCCGAAGCCGCUGCAAUUCUCCAAAAGCGUAACGACCCGUGAUGGAGACGACGAUGACGACGAUGACGACGAAGACGGAGAUGAUUCCGUCCCAGCUCCUGACCCUGCGAGAACACAAGUGAGUGCGAGUGAGUGGACCGAUGUCACCGUGCACACGCUUGCUACACAGUCCACGCACAAGUCUAGUCGUGGUGGGCGGCCGCAAAGCGAGGUCGCGCCCCCCGUGCCACGGCUUCCUUCUGUAUACCGCGACAAGACCACUGCGCAGGACGACCACCCACGCCGUCCAGCCCAAUCGACCGUGACGGCCUGGCCAGGCCCCAAUGCGAGCGGUAGCAGCAGCCACAGCAGCGGGCACCGCAGGGCGCCGUCGAGCAACACCACAUUGUCCAGCCGGGAGUUCCAGGCCGGGCUGAGCAGCAUCGACCAGCGCGACGGGUCGUUGGGCGCCACCCUGCCCACAGCGUCCCUGCUCCCCGAUGACAGCGUCUCGGCGGUCGCAGGGCUCUAUCCUCCCAACCGGCCGGGCGACGUCCACUGUCGUCAUUUACGGCAAGAUCAGAUCGAGGCAGAUGCGGUCUUGGCCCGGCAGAUGCAAGUCAUGGACUUCGAGUCUGAAGGGGAUGACAGUGAUGGAGAAGAGGAGGGCGACGAUGAUAUCAGGAUCGCGAUCGGGAAUUCUAGGGAGAGUGCCAGGCUUGACGAAGAAAGGAGGGCGCGCGCAGGGCGCGGCGGCCCCUUCUCUGGCCUCUAUAUGCCUGAUUCGUCAUGGUUGUGA